AUGGUCAAAGAUACCGAAACAGUCGUCGAAGAGUUCAAUGAGCUAGUCAACAUGACCCCCAAUGAACUCCGAGCCUGGCUAAAAGAAGAACAAUCCCAGUCCUCUGGUUGGGGUGCCGAGUCCGGGGAGACAAUUGGUCAUGAAAGCGGGCGCAAAAUCGUCUCAAUCCUCGAAAAUAACCCCGACAAAGACCCAGAUAGCUACAGAGAUCAGGAUAUCGAUCAUAUGAGGAGGGUUGUGGCUUAUUGCAAGAGGCAUCUUGCGCAGGAGGAGAAGGCGAAGCAGGAUACGGAGAGUAAGAGUUAUAAAUCGUUGAAGAAUUGGGGACAUGAUCCUUUGAAGACUUAG